AUGUCUAGCUCCUCAAACAACAACAUUUUACUACCACUUUCCGUCCUUGAUGAGCUGGCACUUGUGGUUUCGCAGUAUAUACCUUCACUAGAUUUUGGCAUAGAUUUUAACAAUUUGCCCGAGGAUGUUUUGGCCACUGGGCAAGCCCAGCCACUGGCCGCUUAUCCAAACCCUAGCGCACUAGAAAGCUCUAGUGCUCAAAUUAAUGAGGAGUUGCACAACCAACUCUUCAAAAGCCUGAAAGAAAGUGUUGCUGAAGUUACGUCGGCAUUAAAAUCCCAGUCUUUUGAGCAACCACAACCAUAUACUCAAAGGCCAAUCAUACUCGCAGAUGCGCCGGAAGCAUCUAGAAGGUCACGAGGGCCCACCACUCCUGCUGGUCAAUUAACUGCAGUGUGUUUCAAACUGCCGGAAGCUUUUUAUAGGAAUGAUAUUGACGUUGAGAAGUUGGUGCCCCCAGAGGCAAACCAGAAUCCAAAUACUCAGAUCGAACGCAAGUUCUCUUUCUUUCAAAGACUUGGAGGCUGGAGUAUUGAGCGGAAAUGGAGAUCUAAUGGAAAAAAUUCUGACAUGUAUUACCGGCAGGAAGGAGCAAAAUCGACCUUCCGAUCUGUUGGUGAAGUCGUCAGAUAUAUAAUGUACGAAGAAGACCCAGCCACGAAUAAAGGAAAAGAACAGGAACAAGGCGAAGAUGGUCACGUGAUGAAUUGUGAUGAUUUCACCAUUGAUGAUGUUGAAAUCAUCGGUGAUGAUGAACGCUAUUAUCUUCAUCAGAAUGCUCUUGAUCAAGAGGGGCGGGCCAAUGCACGCUUCACUACUGAUAAUGGUCCAACGGUUGCAGAUGAUCAAAGCUAUUAUCUCGAUGAUGAGAUGUAUGCGAUCAUCAGGGAUCUAAAUCCUCAUUGGGUCGAUGAGAAUCUAAUGCUUGAGGCGGCUUUGGCUGUCUCGAACAGAAGAAGAGAAGAUGUAAUUAAUGUAUAA